AUGGGGAACCAGACGAGCGUGGUGGACGCGCUGGUCGAUCUCGAGUUCCCGUCAGCCGCGGCGGCCCCCGCGCCGCGCCUGCCGCCCGGCCACGACCUCCCCAUGGGCGUUCUCUCCUUCGAGGUCGCGUCGCUCAUGCGGAAAGCGCUUGAUCUAUGGCGCCAGCUCGACGCGCGGAAUAUAGCGGGCUUGGAAAAGCAGCUGCAGACCGAGGGGCUGAAGCGCCUGUGCGUGGGGGACUAUUCCCUCCGCUGGCGCCUGGCGGGCGCGGAGUAUGCCUCCGACCUCACCGCGCUGACCGCCGCCGUGGGGGUGCUGGCGCGCAGUUUUCUGAGGGAACAGCUGGAGACAAUGGGAGCGCUGCACAACGCAAUGCUGGCACUGGAUGACGUCAUCAACAGCUCAGCAGGAGAUCCCGAGGUGCAGAACCCUAAGACGCGUCGGCCCAAGGGGAAGCCACAGGCCGCCGUGAUGGAACAGAUGCAAGUGGUGCAUCAGCUGCAGCGAGCAUCCCUUUGGAACCACCCACUCGAACGACCGGUGCUGACGUUGGCCGUGUCGAUUGGGGUGUUGUGGCAGCAGUACCGGUCGGUCUUCGGCCGGCCAGCCCCCCCCAAGCAGGAGGAGCUGAAGGCGACGCUGGGAGCAGCGGGGCUGCCGUCGGUUUAUGCGCGAGUGCUGCUGGGGGUGGAGCAGAUGCGAGAGAUGAGCCCCAUCAGCCAGCCUUUCAAGGAGCAGCGAAGAGAGCUCUACUCCAUACUGCCGUCCACGGUGCGUCGGCGCCUGGCCAAGCGGCUGAAGCAGCGGUCCAAGCGGCAGAUCGACGGGGCGAUAGCCCGGGACCUCAAGGGCGUGGUGGGGGAUAUCCUGCGGUGGGUCGUGCCUCUGGCUGAGCGCACGGAGGUGUGGAAUGGCGACAAGUCGUUCGGGGCUCAGAGGAGAAACCGCGGCCACCGCACGCUGCUGGUGGAGGGCUGUGCUGGUGGGGACGAGUGA